AUGGAAUUCGAAGUGCUUGCACGAUGUCAUACCACACGAGCACGGGUAUCAAGAAUGAAGUUGGCCCACGGCGUGACCAUGUUGCCGACAUUCAUGCCUGUCGCUACUCAGGCUGCAAUCAAGGGAUUGACCGCGCAGCAAGUCGAAGCCUUAGGCAUUACCCUCAUAUUGAAUAACACAUAUCAUCUCAAUCUUCGGCCUGGUACAGAGGUACUGAAGGAAGCUGGCGGCGCCCAUCAAUUCCAGGGAUGGAGACGCAAUCUACUCACUGACAGUGGAGGCUUCCAGCUAGUGUCUCUCAACAAGUUCACAAAAAUCACAGAGGAAGGCGCUCUGUUUGAAAGUCCCUUCACCGGAGAGCCAACAAUGCUGACGCCAGAGGAAAGUAUCUCUAUCCAACAUGCUAUAGGCUCUGACAUCAUGAUGCAGUUGGACGACGUGGGCAAGUUCUCCCAUUCUUUAUUACACACUCUAACGACGGGCCCACGAGUGGGCGAAGCAAUGUGGCGCACAAUCAGGUGGCUUGACAGAUGCAUUGAGUUCCACGAGAAAUCCGGCAGAUCGCACCAAAACCUAUUCGCAAUCGUCCAAGGAGGCAUUGACUCCGUACUGCGAGAUCAGUGCCUGAAUGAGAUGAUCAAAAGGAAAGAUCGUGUCGCCGGGUAUGCCAUCGGCGGUCUCAGCGGGGGCGAAGAGAAAGAUGUUUUCUGGAGGAUAAUCAAACAAUGUGCAGACAGACUGCCUGCAGACCGCCCCCGGUAUUCUAUGGGUAUUGGUUUUGCUGAAGACCUACUUGUUUGCGUCGCCCUCGGCGUUGACAUGGCCGACUGUGUGUUUCCCACCCGGACAGCGCGUUUCGGCGUCGCGCUGACGUUCAGCGGACCUAUCAAUCUGCGCUUAGGCAAGCACGCUGCGGAUUUGCAGCCGAUAGACGGGACAUGCCCGUGCCCGACCUGCUCGGAUGGCACCUCUCGCGCGAUGCUCCAUCACAUCAUCACGCUGGAGACGGCGGGCGCACACGCGCUCACACAGCACAACAUCGUUUUCGAGGCGCGCGUGAUGGGCGGUGCGCGGGAGGCGAUCAUGAACGGCAAUUUCCCGGACUACCUGAAGACGUUCUUCGCGAACUACUUUGGGGAUGCGGGGUACCCGGAGUGGUGUGUGAAUGCGUUGAGAAGCGUCGGUGUCGACCUCCUGGAAGACAGGCCGGACACAAAGGUGAUUUCUGGCGAUGGCACCGUGUGGGAGUAUUCAGACAGAGCCUAA